CCACUCCUCUCUCACCACCUCUCAACCGACCGUCUUCUUUCCACGAUGCUCGCUCGAUCUGCUGGUUUCGCAGCAGCCAACGUGGCUCGCUCGGCGGCCCCUCUUGCUGCUCGCCGUGCUGCACCCGCCGUCGCCACGAUUGCGCGCACCUACGCUACCGCCAAGCCUGCCGCUUCGGAGGUCAGCUCGAUCCUUGAGCAGCGCAUCUCUGGUGCCGCCGCUAGUGGUGAUGUCCAGGAGACCGGCCGCGUCCUUACCAUCGGUGACGGUAUCGCCCGUGUCUACGGUCUUCGCAACGUUCAAGCCGAGGAGAUGGUUGAAUUCUCUUCCGGUGUCCGCGGCAUGUGCCUCAACCUCGAGGCCGACAACGUCGGUGUCUCCAUCUUUGGUUCUGACCGCAGCAUUCGUGAGGGCGACACCGUCAAGCGUACCGGCCAGAUCGUCGACGUCCCCGUCGGACCCAAGCUCCUUGGCCGUGUCGUCGACGCCCUCGGUAACCCCAUCGACGGCAAGGGACCCAUCGAGGCCGCCGAGCGUCGUCGUGCCUCGCUCAAGGCCCCCGGUAUUCUGCCCCGUCAAUCCGUCAACCAGCCCAUGCAGACUGGUCUCAAGCCCAUCGACGCCAUGGUCCCCAUUGGUCGUGGCCAGCGUGAGCUGAUCAUCGGAGACCGUCAGACUGGCAAGACGGCUGUCGCGCUCGACACUAUCCUCAACCAGAAGCGAUGGAACGAUGGCAACGACGAGAGCAAGAAGCUCUACUGUGUCUACGUCGCCGUUGGACAGAAGCGCUCGACCGUUGCCCAGCUCGUCCAGACCCUUGAGCAGAACGACGCCAUGAAGUACUCGAUCGUCGUCGCUGCUACCGCCUCGGAGGCCGCUCCCCUCCAGUACCUCGCCCCCUUCUCCGGAUGCGCCAUCGGCGAGUGGUUCCGUGACAACGGCAAGCACGCCCUCAUCAUCUUCGACGACCUUUCCAAGCAGGCCGUCGCCUACCGUCAGAUGUCCCUCCUGCUCCGUCGUCCCCCCGGACGUGAGGCUUACCCCGGUGACGUCUUCUACCUGCACUCGCGUCUCCUCGAGCGCGCUGCCCGCAUGAACGACAAGCUCGGCGGUGGCUCUCUCACUGCCCUCCCCGUCAUUGAGACUCAGGGUGGUGACGUCUCGGCUUUCAUUCCCACCAACGUCAUUUCCAUCACUGACGGACAGAUCUUCUUGGAGAGCGACCUGUUCUUCAAGGGUGUCCGCCCCGCGGUCAACGUCGGUCUCUCCGUGUCUCGUGUAGGCUCUGCUGCCCAGAGCAAGGCAUACAAGUCGGUUGCUGGAAGUCUUAAGCUCUACCUUGCCCAGUACCGAGAGCUUGCCGCUUUCGCUCAAUUCGGUUCUGACCUCGAUGCUUCGACCAAGGCCACUCUCGACCGUGGCUCCCGUCUCACUGAGCUCCUCAAGCAGGGCCAGUACCAGCCCAUGGCUACCGAGGUCCAAAUCCCCAUCAUCUUCGCAGGCAUUCGCGGUCUGCUCGAUGACGUCCCGGUCAACAGGAUCACCGAGUGGGAGAACGCCUUCCGUCAGCACAUCGAGUCGGAGGGCUCUGCCAUCCUCUCCGAGCUCAACAAGGGAACCAUGCCCAAGGAGCUCGAGGAGAAGAUCACCUCGUUCGUCAAGGAGUUCACCUCCGGCUUCCUCCAGAAGUAAAUUGUCGGAUAGAAGGC